GGCCAAGAUGAGUUUGUUUGGAUCAACCUCAGGGUUUGGAACUGGUGGAACCAGCAUGUUUGGAAGUACAGCAACAGAUAAUCACAAUCCCAUGAAGGAUAUUGAAGUAACAUCUCCACCUGAUGACAGCAUUGGUUGUUUAGCCUUCAGUCCACUAACCUUGCCUGGUAAUUUCCUUAUUGCAGGAUCCUGGGCAAAUGAUGUUCGGUGUUGGGAAGUUCAAGAUAAUGGACAGACUAUUCCGAAAGCUCAGCAGAUGCACACAGGGCCCGUACUAGAUGUAUGCUGGAGUGAUGAUGGAAGUAAAGUAUUUACUGCUUCUUGUGAUAAAACUGCCAAAAUGUGGGAUCUCAACAGUAACCAGGCCAUACAAAUUGCACAGCAUGAAGCCCCUGUUAAGACUGUCCAUUGGAUUAAAGCACCCAACUAUAGCUGUGUGAUGACAGGAAGUUGGGAUAAAACUUUGAAGUUCUGGGAUACACGAUCACCAACUCCUAUGAUGACAUUACAGCUACCUGAAAGAUGCUAUUGUGCUGAUGUGGUACAUCCCAUGGCAGUUGUGGCUACUGCAGAAAGGGGUUUGAUAGUGUACCAGUUAGAGAAUCAGCCUUCUGAAUUUAGAAGAAUAGAAUCUCCACUUAAACACCAGCAUCGUUGUGUUGCUAUUUUUAAAGACAAAGUGAACAAACCUACUGGAUUUGCCCUUGGAAGCAUUGAAGGAAGGGUAGCUAUUCACUAUAUCAACCCACCAAAUCCAGCCAAAGAUAACUUCACUUUUAAAUGUCAUCGCUCCAAUGGAACAAACACAUCAGCACCCCAGGAUAUCUAUGCUGUGAAUGGGAUAGCGUUUCAUCCUGCCCAUGGCACCCUUGCAACUGUAGGAUCUGACGGUAGAUUCAGCUUUUGGGAUAAAGAUGCACGAACAAAGCUAAAAACAUCAGAACAGCUUGACCAGCCAAUAUCUGCCUGUUGUUUUAAUCACAAUGGGAAUAUUUUUGCAUAUGCUUCUAGUUAUGACUGGUCUAAGGGCCAUGAAUUUUAUAAUCCACAAAAGAAAAACUACAUUUUUCUGCGUAAUGCGGCAGAAGAGUUAAAGCCCAGGAAUAAGAAGUAGUGAGUAUAAUUCUGACUGAUGUUACAGCAGUACUUUUCUGCCACGCUACUCCCUUGAAGUUGUUCAUUUUGGAUCGCUAACAUUUAGCUGGAAACCCUAUAAAUAAUACCAAAGUAUAUUCUGAUUUGCUGGAAAACAUCAUUCAAAUUAUGUAUUCUGACGUGUACAGGAGUGUCUGAUAUUUGCAGGAUGACUUACCGUACAACUGUUCUUCCGCAGUAAUUGCUGUAAAAUCUCUAAAUUCAAGAGUGAUAUUAGUCUACUGUUCAGAAAUGCAAGUGUGUCUAUGGCAGUAUUUUACCGUUACUACAAUAAAAUGCUCAUUUACAAUAGUUCUGGAAAAAUUGUAGAUACUGUUUCUUUUAACUAUUUGGGGAAUUAUGAAUAACUUUUCUCAAAGGGGGCUGGUCAUUAUUGGUUAUUCAUCAUUUUCACGGAUUCUUAUUUUAAUAUAGAAGCAUUAGUGACUGUAUAGCAGAAAAAAGGGCAUUGAAAAUUUUGGUUUUCCUCAGGGUUUGAAUGAAUUCCGUAUUUAUAUACGUAACCAAAAGCAGUGACAAAAGACCCGAGGUAGAACAGAGGGGCCUUGUAAAAAUUUCCCUUUUCUCUUUCCGUGAUUCCAACAAUGCACUUCAGUCUUGAUUUGCAGUGCCCUUCCUUUUUCCAGAAAUUGCCAAUUGCAUCAAGUGGUAUAGUUCAGUAGCCUGAACAAACUGCUAAUGAUUUAAAUGUGAGCACCAAACUGAUUUUCACUUGUGGCCUAAAUUGUUUGAUAACCCAUAUGUCUCCGGAGUUGAAAGGUUGUUCUUUUAGCUCAGAGUGCCAACAGUUUUCCCAAAACAUUUUUGUCAGGCUGAAAUAAGCUUGAUUUUAUGUUUUUAAAUACUGGAAUAGUAAAUAAUGGAGAUGGGCUUCAUCCCUGAUUAAACAGUGCUGUGAAAUUAAACAAAAAUGGUGGUGGUGUUUUUUCUGACUUGAAUCCGUUAUUUUUGUUAACUGGCAUGUGUACAACAUGUAAAGUU